AUGGCACCAUCACCUUCAUCUUCACCAAAACAUGGACCUGAAAACUCACCGAAUUCUGAGCAAAAUAAUGAUUCAAAAAUUGAGGAUGAAGAAGAGGAAAUCAAAGAAGAAACAAAAGUAGAAACAGAAUCAGAAGAAGAAUCAGAUGAAGAUGUUCAAUUUAUAAAAAUAGAAAAGAGAGAAGACGAAUAUGAGAAGCUGGAAUUAAUGGAAACGUAAGCAUUUUUUGGGGGCCGAAUGUCAUUUUGGCUAUAAUUAGAGGGUUUGAGUGAAAAUGGUGAUUUUUGAUGCUCAAAAUUGUUCAAAUUUCAAAUUCCGCGCGGGUUUUUUGUCCUUGAACUUUUAAUUCGGGCUUUGCCCUUGAGUUUUGAUUCUAAUUUUGGUUUUUCGAAUUUUAAAUUUUCUCCCAAGAUUUCACGAAUUUCCAAAGAACAUUUUAAAUUAAAAAAAUCUCAAUUUUCCUUGAAUUUUUAGGCGAAACUGUGAAAAUCCAAUAUUUUUCCAGACCCGGACCAUCUUCUCAUCAUCUUGUUUAUACCCGAAAACGAAUUUACAAUCCGCCACCCAAAAAACCACCCGCUUCACCAGUUGUAAGUUUUUCUUCUUCCCAUUUCCCCGUUCUUCUUCUUCUUCUUUGAAAAUCUCCUUUCUUUUUGUGUCGCUAUGGACGAGAGAGUGUGCGAGAGUGCAGAGAAAAAAAGAUAGACAGUGAAAUAGUGUGUGUCUAGAGUGAGAGGAGAGAGAGAGUAUUUGGUUAGUUUUGUGAGGCCGUGUAUGUGUGCUUGGCUUGGUUGAAUUGGAAAUGGAGAAGAAUUGAGAAGGGGAAAAAAGGAGAAGAAGAAGGGGGAAAAUUUUUAAUAUAUAAAUAAUACUUAUUUAAGAGGACUGCAAAAAUGUAUUGUUUUAGAAUUUUGAGAUAAGAAAAUUGCUGAAAAAAUGAUAAAAACUUAUGUUUUCGAAUUAAAAAUCGUGAAAAUUAAAAUUUCUGUGUCAAGAAUGACCCAUGGCCUAAAAAAUAAUACGGAAAACUCGGCCAGGCUUUCAAAUUUACAGUAUUUCAAUUUUUAGAGUUGAUCUAGUUUUUCAUGGCCUAGAAACAUAUUUUCUAAGGUUACAAAUUCGCUCUAUCGAACCAUUUAAAAAAAUCUACAAAAUUUCAUAUCCUCGUAUUUUCCACGUGAACUUUUUGAACGUGUAACAUUUUUCAUUUUUUUAAAUCACAUUUUUGCUUAUUUUCAUUAUUUUCUAAUUCAGAAAACUACUGCAAAAUUUGUGAGUUCCAACUUUCUUCCAAAUGUUUAUAAGAGAGAGAAUUUCAAAAUUGUCUAAAGUUAACCUAAGUUCUGAACUAAAAACCAUUAAAUUUCCGUUUUUUUUUCUUGCCAAAGUACAGAUUUUUAUCUCCAAAGAUCUUGUCGCAUUUCUAAUUUCCCAUAUCUAGAUUUAGUUAUUACAUAUAAAUAUAUAAUAAUCCCCGUGUUUUUUGGCCAGCUGCUAGCAAAAAAAGAAAAAGGAAAAGGAAAAAAGCAGGUGGAAAAAAUGGAGAUACAAUUUUUUGUCGCGAAAAACAAAAAGAAAAUGGAUUAAAAGUACAAUUUUUGCAGGCUGGCGUAGAAUAUUCAAGAUAUGGAUACGGACCAUCGACAUCGACUGGUUAUCCGGCUACAGUAAAUCGAGCAUCUGCUAGAAGGGUUAGUUUGACAUAGAUGGAGACUGGACUCGAAAGUCAGGCUAUGAUAGGAAAAGCUCUGAUUUGAGAAAGAAUACGGAACAAAAUUGUGACCUAGGCCAGAUUUGAAGUAGACAGAAAAUCAGUAUCUUGUAUUUUUGUUCAAAAAACUAAUUUAUUGUCUGCGCUCUCUCAAAUUUAUGUUGUCUCUUUGAAAAAAAAUAUAUUUCAGAAAUUUUAAUUUAAAAAAUAUUUUAAUCAUAGGUCCAUUAGAUCUGAAACUUCCACAAUAACCAGAUUAUUUUGCAGACUUUCGAUUUGGCCCUGAAAGAUGCAAAAUUAUCAUCUGAAUCUUUCUCAAAAUUCUUCAAAAACUCAUCAUUAUUAUCGAAAAAAGAUCAAUAUUUAUUGUCAUCUGGUGCUUUGGAAUGUCCACCAAGUACAUCUCGAGCAAAGUUAUCAAAUGAAACAGAUUUUAAUCGAUAUAAAAAAUGUCGAUCAGAACCACCAAUUGAAUGGAAAUCAUUGAAUGAGAAAAUGGAGAAAAUUGUUGUGAAAAAUGAAGAAAAUGAUGAAUCUAAAGAGGAAAUUUUGAAAAAUUCGAUGAAAAAAUCGAAAACUGAAGAAUUUUGGACGAAAAAACGGAAUGGAAAAUCGAAAUUGGAAAAGGUGGGAUUUUCAAGUUGUUGAAGUAAAUUAUGAGACAAGUUAUGAAAACUUGAAAAAUCCGAAGGCCAAAGGACAUUUUAGAAUUUGUAAUAUCUUUAUGUUUUCUCUCUUGAAAAUUGGCUCAUAAAAGUUAUCAUAACUCGUUUUUUAAAGAUUACAUUCAUUUUGAUCUUUCAGAAAUCUUCGGAUCCAUCGAAAAAUGUCGAAAAAUCACAUACAGAAGGAUUGUAUUCACACACAAAAGAACGAAUGAAAGGAGCAAAUGAGGCUAUGAAUAAUAUUGUGAGAGCAUCCCCCGAAAAAUUCAGAUUUUUAACUCUUUUCUAUUUUCAGCGUGGACGAAAAAAGAAAAUUAUGGAUGAUUUGGAAUAUGUUGAGAAAGAGAAAAAGAUUGGCGAUACGAAUUGUGAUGCUAUGCAAAAAUUGGCCGAGAAAAAGGUUUGGAAUAUUUUUUAAAUCAAGAAAAAUUAAUUAAAUUUUGAAAUUCACUUGACAAAAUUAGAACAAAAACUCGCUUUUCUAUGUGGAUUUUUCAAGCCAAAUUUGAAAUGUUAAAUUUUAUUCUCAAACACAAAAUUCACGUGGCACAUUUUUGUUUAAUUCGGAGUUCUGAAAAUUUCAUUACGAAUUUCAUUUCUCUUCAAAAUUAUAAAAUUAAACAUUCAAAAAAUGCGAAUCCACGUGGCAACAUUUUUUUUCCUAUUAAAACUGUUGAAUCCACGAAUUCAAAUUUCUUUUCCAAUGGCGUUUUUUCCAGCAAGAAGUGAAAGAAGAAGAAGAAAUCGAAGAACCAUUCGAAGAUUUCAAUGAAGAAAUUCCAAUUUCUCAAAAAAUGAUGAAUGAAAGCAAAAAUUUGGCGACAAAAAGGCUGAAAAAUUAUGCGAAAUGUUUGGAAAAAGCGAAUGAAAUGGAAGAAAUUGAAGGAUUUGGAAUAAUUCCGAGAAAAAACUUAGAAAUGAUUCGAAUGGAAAAACAAAUUCGUGCAAAUUUUCGAGAAAAAUUUGAUAACCGAGAAGCUGUUGCAAGAGUCAAAUAUUUGCAAGUUUAUCAACAACAAAGAGAAGAAUAUAUGAAGAAAUUGGAAAAUUGGGAGAAAAGUAGUGAGAGAAUGUAAGACUAUUUUUGAAUUUUUAAUAAUUCGAUUAUUGAAAUCGAAAUUUUAUGUUCAAAAAAGUUUGAAACUUAUCUAAAAAUGUUGUUUUUGCAGAGAAUUGGAGGCUCGAGUUCGUGAAAUAGUUGAGAAAACAUUUCCGGAAGUUCGAAAAGAAAGAGAAGAUCGAGAAAGACAAGCGAGAGGAGAUCGAUUGAGAGGAGAAGAUGCGGCGGCAGUUGCAGCGAGGGUAAGCGACAUUUUCGGGGGAUAUUUUUGAUAAUAAUUUAUCACCAGAAAUAUCCACAAAAUCAUUAUUUUUACAGAAAACAUAUGAGGAUAAAUUACUACAUUCUCGAGCUGUUAUACCACCACUUUAUAAUCGAGCUGAACAAGCAAAAGAUGUAUUUAUUGAACGAGAAGGAGCUAUUAUUGAUGAUUUAGAAGUUGAACAUUUUGCAUCAAUUGCUGAACAAAAAGAUAAAUGGACAAUUGAAGAAAGGAAGUUAUUCAAAACUCGUAUACCAGAUCAUAUUAAAAAUUUUGGAGCAAUGUCUGAAUAUUUCUAUGAUAAAACACCAUCGGAUUGUGUCGCAUUUUAUUAUUUAUCCAAAAAUGAGGAGUUUUAUAAGAAUUUGUUCAUUAAGAAAAAGAAAAGAUAUUCAAAUAAAUAUCGACCUGGACAAAUGCCAAAUAAUGAAGAACUUGCAUUAUAUCGAAUGAUGCCUCAAAUAUCAACAACAUCUAUUGAAUAUCUCGAAAUUCGACCGAAAAUCUGUUUUUGUUGUUGUCGACAAAUUGAUGGAAUUGAAACAAAUGGAACUGGUAUUCCGAGAGAAGCUUUUGAUUUAUUUCAACUUUCGAGUGAACACGCAGAAGCUGUUUGUUAUAAAUGUCGAGAAGAAGCGCUGAAAUUGAGAAAUUCCAAAUGUCACGGUGAUUUGUGUGCGUCGAAGAAAAAAAUGAAACCAUCCAAAUGUUUGCCGGCAACUUUGAAAGAUCUCAAUCUCAAACAACGUGCAUUUUUAUUUGAUAAAAUUGAUGCGCCAAGAGCUUGUUUGAAGUUUUGUGCCACGUGUUUCAAGAGAUUUUCGAAACUUGUUGAUUCGGUUAGUUUUUUUGGGGAGGGUUUUUUUUAAUAUUUCAAAACUUUGGAAAAUAAUUUUCAAAUAAUUUUCUGAACAGAAAACGUUUUUACGAGAAUAGUUAUGACGUGGCAAUUUUUUGAAAAUCGGAAAACAAAUUCAAUGUUUUUUGUGAAAAUUUAACGAAAUUGAACCUGAAACCCUUGAAAUUUUGUUUUUUUUCCGUUAAAAAUUUCAAAAUCUUUGGUAUCUAAAAUUAUAGGUUUCUCCGUGAAAUUUUUGAAAAAUGAUGAUUUUCGAGUCGCAAAAUUUCGACGCCUCGAAAUAAUUUUUGACUUUGAAAUUUUGAAUUUUCUAGACGAUUAGUGAAAAUUUUCUCAAGUUUCCCACAAUUUUCAUCAAUUAUUUCCCAGGCGUUUAAAAAUUAUUUUCAUUUGAAAUAUUGUUAGUUAUGACGUGGCAUUUCUUAUUUUUCAAAAUUUUCACAAUUUUCCAUCAAAAAUGAUUUUUAUUGGCAAUAAACAAUAAUGUUUUUUUUACAAAAUUGAUAUUUUCCUAACGAGCUAUUACGUGGCAAAAAUUUCAUUACAAGAUUUGAAAAAAAUCUGUGUUUUGAUUUUCAACGUCAAAAAUUGUGGUGAAAUUCAAAGUUGAGCUUAUAAGUAGGUGAAAAACUACAAAGUAUUUCGGAUUUUUAUAGUUUUCGUGGCCAAAAAUCAUUCUGAUAUGAAGCUUUAAAAAUCUUGUAAGCUGCAAAAAAGUUCAAAUUUUCGUCGCCAAUUAUUUUAUUACACCAAAAAAUGACUUUUUUUGCAAUUAGCGUUUGUUUGUUUUACACAAAACCAUUUUGUUGCUUGGGAAAAUUGGAUUUUUUAGCGCAAAAUUUUGAAAUGGUCAAUUUUUAAACUUCAAUUUUAGAAACUUUGUGAUAAAGGCUUUUGAGCCAAAAAAUCUUUUUAAAAAAACUACAGUAGUUUUGAGGUCUUCAAUAUCUGAAGUUUUAAUGUAAACAUUUUAGGAGCUUGAAGAAAAAAGCGUUAGGUUUAAGAGAUUUCGAAUACAAUGUAUGUUUUCAUGAGCUUUCAAAGAUCAAAAUUUUUGUAAUUUUUUGCUCUAAAUUUGUUAGGCCGGAGCAAAAUCCCUUUCUCGCCAGAUUUUUUUGCACCGAAACCCCCUAAUUUCGUUUCACACUUCAGGUUAUAUAAUAAAAAAGGAUUAAAAAUACAAAAAAUGUCGUUUUCAAGUAAAAAUUUGUAGGAAAAUUGAGUUUUUCUUUCUCUCCCCAGAAAAAAAAAAGAAAAAGUACAGUAGUUUUUUGGGUCCUAAGCUCCGCCCAUUUUACAUCUUCAUCCUAUUUUUUUUGUUAUUUCUCAAAAACAUAUAAUAUAAGGCGAGAAAUAUAUAAUGUAAAUGUAAUGUUUUUUAUUAGAUGAUUUUGCACAUUCGUUUUUUUUGUGGUCGCCUUUUCUUUUUUCCCCAUUUUUUCAUCAUCGAAGAAGCAAAAAAGUGCAUAUUUCCUUUUCUUUUCAUAAAAAUCUGUUGCGCCAAAAAAGUGCAUUUAUCGAUUGAUUUUUUGGGUGAUGUGACGAAUUUUUAUGAAAGGUUUUUCUGUUUUUGUUUCUCCUAGCUUUUUCCUACUCGGGUGAUUCGGGCAGAAAACAAAAAUAUGUUUUGAAGAUUUCUGAAUUGAACCAGGGUGGCCAAAUUGUUCUUAGGAAUCUAAUCAGCUCCGAAUUUUCCAACAAUUUUAGUUUUUGAAUAUGAAACUUUUCAGAAAGUGGUCCGAUUCAGAAUUUUUUUUAAACCCGUUUUUUUUUUUUGAAAAUUUAAAUGUCUCUCUGGCCACAGGAUAUUAGGUGUAAUUUUUGAAUUUUUCGCAGUUUUAUUCAUGAAACUCUGAAGCUGAACGUAACUUUCGAACAUAAAUUUUUUUCCUUUUUUUUAAACCAUAAUACAUAGUUUUUUUUUGAGAUCUAUAUACAUAUAUUCCUUUUUUUCGUACUCAUUUUCUCCUUUUUUCUCAUCGUUGACGACGGAUUUCUUUCUUCGCUUUUAAUAGCCUAAAUAGCCUGCUUUUAGAGCUCUCAUUGUUUUUUUCUCGACUCACAUCAUCUUCAUUUCAUUUUUGAAAUAUGGUUCAUUAUAAGUUUUAUUAUCAAAUGUCGCAUCCAAAUGGAUUGGAUGAAUUGGGAGAAGAGGUUAGAAACCAGAAAUUGGAAGAUGCAGGGAUUUUGAGUCUUUUUCCCUGAAGUUUUGAUUUUCAAGAGUCUUUAAAAAUUCAAUUUUCCCAAGCAACCAAAAAAUGAUAUUAAUGUUGUGUAAAACGAACAAACGUUAAUUGCAAAAAGUCAUUUUUUUGGUGUAAUAAAGUAAUUGACGCCAACAAUCUGCCACGUCAUAACUAACUCUUAAUUUUGAAUUUGAUUUUUGAGAACAAGAUUAUUUUGAUAAACUAUGAAAUUGUAAUUUUGAACCUAUUUAUCCAGGCUUAUCUUCAAUUUUAAGCUGAAACCAAAUAAAAUCAAAAAGAAGUGUGUACUUGCCACGUCAUAACUCAAUUUUUUGUGGAAGAGAUUUUAUGGUUGAAAAAUUCAACGUGUCAAAAAAUUUGGGGUUUUUGCUACGUCAUAACAAUUUUUUGGGAAUUUUUUUUAUGAUCGAAAAAAUAUCAAUAAAAAUUUUCACAUUAAAAAUUUCGUGAUUCAUAGUUUUUUUGGUGACAAAACGAUCACCAUAACAUUUAAUCACAUGAGAAAAAUAUGAGAAAAUGAUAAUUUUUUGAUUUCAUUUUUUUUCAGCUGAAAAACGGUGAUUCUGAAUUGACUGAAGAAUUGAAUAAAUAUGUUGGACAAGUUCAAUGGACAGAAAAAGAGAUUGAAAAAUUGACGAAAUUAAUCAAUAAAUUUGGAGUUCAAAAUUGGCCAGCAAUUUCGAAAGGAAUGAAAGAACAAAGAACUGCAAUGGAAUGUAGAAGACAAUAUGAAAAAUUGAAUGGAAUGAAACAUGAAGAAGAUGAAGAAAAACCAGAAGAAAAGAAAGAAAAAGAAAAAGUAGAAGAAAUGGAAGGAGAAGAAGAGAAAAAAGAAGAAAUUGAAGGAGAAGAAGAAGAAGAAAAUGAACAAGAAAAAGAUGAGGAUGAUGGAGGAGGAGGAGAAAAAGAUGGAGAUGAAAAAGAAAAUGAAAAGGAAAAUGAAGAAGAGAAUGAAGAAGAAGAAAUUGAAAAGGAUGAUAUACAAAAUGAAGAUGAAAUUAUUGAGAAGCAACAAGAUAUUAUGGUAAGGAAUUUACAGAGGGACGGGGUCUUGAAAAUUAACCUGGACUGAAAUAUAUAUUCAGAAGCCAAACUCUAGAUUUUUAACGAAAACAAAAUCAAAUUUUUUAGCCUAAACAUCUUAAAAUUCAAUACCUCCUAGAACUCCAAAAAGUAUGAUUCUUGAGCUGAAAAUCUUCUUUUUCCAUGUUAAUGGGAUUCAUAAUGAAAAAAAAAUUGAAAAAUCAUUGGGUGACAAUUAGCUGACCUGAAACCUCAAGUUCAAGCUCAAACAUCUAUGUUUUUCAGAAACCUGGACCAUCUCUCAUCAACACUCCACCAAUUCAACAAACUCUUCAACCGCCACCAGCUAAUCCACCAAUGGUUGCACCAAUUGCAAUCGCAACUCCACCUUCACAAUCAGCUCCGAUUCCAAUCAUAUCAAUUGCAAAACCGCGCGAAUCAAAAGAAUCGAGUUUGGAGCCACCGGCAAAACGGCCACCAGUUUCGCCAAAUCUUCUAGCUCAACAACAACAACAGUUGCUUCCGCCUCCAAAAGUCGCCACACCUCAACCAAUUCGACCAACUCCCCAACAACAACAACAAUUCAUUUCAUCUGCACUUUCAUCAUCUUCGACACCUAAAUUACAUCAUCCGGAACCGAUUCGACCAAUUGUUGGAAGUUUGACAACUGGAACACCGUUUGCACGAGUCACACAACAACAACAAAAUAAUACGAUUGAUGAACAAGUUAGACAAGAUCAGCAGCAACAGCAACAACUUCAGCAGCAGCAAAUUCAUCAAGUACAAUAUCAAGCUGUUCUCGAUCUUUGUCAGGUUGGUUUUUUUUCGGAAGGAAAAAAUUGGGUGAAUUUAUAGGCGCGGCUCCUUGCUAGAGUAGAUCUCUAGGCGCUGAUACUUGACAAAGACUAGGCUUUCUAGGAUAACAUAUUUGACACUGUUCAUGGCGAAAUAUGUAUUAGGGUUUCAGGAUUACUGUAGACUUCUUUUAGCGACAAUUCUGUAGAGUUUUUGCAUAGUUUUCACAAAAAAUAGGAGUUAGGUGAAAAAACUGUAGGAUUACGGUAGAACAAUUUUGUUAUCAAAGUUACUGUAGCUAAAUAUAAAGGGAAACUUGUUUUUGUAAAAAUGUUCCGUUUGAUUACUGUAGAAAUUAAUAAAUAAUUACUAAAUUGGGUUACUGUAGAACUUCAAAUUAUUUUGCUUCAAAAUUUGAAAUUACACUGUAGUUUUUUCGCCCAAAGAUCCCAAGUUAGUCAAUUUCGAACAUCUUAAACUUUUUGAUCUACCCCUAAAGUUUUGAUCAUUUUAUGCCCGAUAUUUUUCCGCUUUUCUCUCCUCCCCUUUCAUUUUCUCCCCCAAAUCAUUAUUCAUUGGGCAUUUUCAAAUGUUUUUGCAUCCUCUUCAGAAUCCACAACAAAUGCAACUUUUGUGUCAAUCGAAUCCUGAAUUCCAAAAUUAUUUGAGCAUGUAUAUCAGCAGUAUAACUCAACCGAAUUCUGGAGUGAAUAAUCAGCCGAUUUUGAAUUAUUUGACUGAUUAUAUGUUCAAGUUUCAACAACAACAACAGCAGCAGCAGCAACAAUUGAGACAUGCAACACCUCCAGUACAACAACCUCAGCCAAGAAAUCGAGCAGCAACUAUGCCGCAAAAAAGCCAACCACAGGUUCAAGCUCAGGCACAAGUUCAGAAUCAAAAUCAAUCUGCUUUAUUAGUUCAACAAGGAGAAUUGUAUCAAUUGAAAACUGAACAAAAUAGAGUGGAACAAGAAUAUCAAAGAAGAAAUGAGUUGAUUGAGUUAAAAACUCGAGAAAUUAUGUUGUUGGAGAGUAGAAAACGAGAAUUGGAUUCGACAUAUUCAGCAAUGUUUCGAGAAAAUGUUCAACCAAAUUCGAAUGCUUUGCACAUCACAUUGAACCAAAAUCAUAAUGAUUUGAAAAAAGCGCAUCAUGAAAAAGCAACAUUGACUGAAAAACAAACGGAAGUUGCCAAAAGUAUUGUUGCAAUUCGGGAGAAUAUUAAGACAAGAGAGACGCUUAUUCAACAAAUACAACAACAGGCACAGGUUCAGCAACAAGUUCAGCAACAACAGUUUCAGAGGGUUAGUUUUUUCUGAAAAGAUUUUCUGGGGUACAUCAAAUUUUGUUCAUUUUUUUUGAAAUAGAUUAAAAAAUGUAAAUCGAAAAAUUCAAAAUUAUUACAAAUUUCUCCAUUUUUUGAAACGUAUACAAUUUUGGAUAUUCAUGGGAAUGCUCUGACAUUUCAUCAUUUUUAAAAAAUUUGAACGUUUUCAAAAUUUAAUUUAUUUUUGGAAACGUAAGUUUCAAAAUUUCAAACCUUCUCUUAUUUCCAGCCAAUCACUGCUUCACCGGCUAAUUCAAAUCUUCAUCAUCAAAAAGCAUCAAGUUCUUCAAGUUCGGCUAAAUCUGUGAUUGGAAUUAAACAGCCUGUAAGUUUUCCUAUUCUGACCCCUGAUUUUUGCACGAUUUUGUGUUUUAUCUAACCCUCAAAUAGCUUUUUUCUGUUCUUUUUCCUUUCUUCACCUUCUCCCUAUUACAGUAUCCUCAACAAACACAAAAACAACAACAACAACAAAUUGCACCAAUUUCUACUCAACAAAUUCACCAAAUCCAACAAAAACUAAAUCCACAACCAAAAUUCGAUGCCGAAACUUAUUCACAAUUACAUGUUCAACAUCAAUUAUUCAUGGCGGAUCAGAAGAAAAUGUUGGAAAAAAUGAUGAAAAUGCAGGAACAACUAGUGAGCAUUUCAUUUAUUUAUUCAAGCCUAAGUUUGAGAAGCCACGUGGCAGCAAAGAAAGCUUUUCCCUUGGUUGUAUUUAUCCUAUGGUGUCCCUAAUUAAUUGUUUGGAGCUCUGAAAAAAAUCUAGAAAUAUGAAUUUCGGAUCUGAAAUUUUUUGAAAGCUGAAAAUAUCAUUUUUGAAAAAGUUUUGAUUUUGAAUUCCCCGCUUGCCACAAUCUAAUUUUUGCAGACAAACAACAAAGAUCCAGUAUUACUUCAACAAUAUCAAAAAGCAGUAAAUGAGUACAAUGAAAGAACUCUUCAAUUAUCCCAAAUGAAUAAUGCAAUGCAAUAUUAUCAUAAUCAGCAACAACAAUCAAAAGCGGCGGCGGCUGCGCAAGCUGCGCAACAACAACAACAGCAGCAGCAAACUGCGCAACCGGAACAAACUAAACGAAAAUCGGGAUAUGAAACAAUUUCUGGAUUGCAUCAAGCAGCGGCUGCUGCACCGCAACAACAAAAACAUAUGCAAAUGGCUGCGAGACCAACUGCUAGAAGUAUUGUGGCUGGAACGAGUGGACAAGCGCAGACGCAAGUGCAAGUACAGGUUUCGGCUGCACAAAAACAACAACAACAAGUGGCUCAACAACAAGCACAAGCACAGCAAAUGGUAAGACAUUCGGGGGAACAUUUAGUGGGAAAUUAUUGAAAUUUGGUUUUUAACUAGAAUUUCUCCAGAUAUUAGCGAAUUUCUUUGACUACAGUAUUUCUUAAUGCUAUGUCCAAAGUAAAAAAUAUAGCAAAAAUCGGAGAAUAUAAAUAUCGUACAAAGAUUUUUCAGAAUUUUUUGAAGUACAGUAGUCCAGAAUUUUUUUCUCAAGAACUACUGUAAUUUUUGGGUUACUGUAAUAUUUUUCUGAAUCGCAGUAAUUUUGAAGUCAAUUCAGUUUUUUUAAAUUUUCUAUCAAAAUUCUGGAGCUCUAGAUUUUUUCUUAUAACUAUAGUAUUAUCUGAACAGAUCACUGUAGUUUUUGAUUACUGUAGAAUUUCUCUCUGAAAGAAUAGUUCAGAAAAAUAAAAAAUUUAGUCCUGUAUAACAGUAUUCAGAUUACUUUCUUUUUCUAUGUUUUUGGAAGGUCUACAGUAGCCCUGAAACAUCUUCGAGGUUACUGUAGUUAUGCUUUUUCACUAAUUUUUUCUUCAACCUACCAUAAUAUAGAAAAAUAUUCCCAGGCAUACUGAAAAUAUCAUAAUUCCAAUCUAUUGGUUUUUUUGCAGCAACUCAUCCAACAAGCUUAUCAAAUGCAACUUGCUGCGGCUGCUGCGCAAGUCGCAACAACACAAGCAAAUGUGGCGGCGGCGCAAGGAAAUCAGCAAGCUGUAUCCAAACAACAACAACAACAACAGCAAAAUUACUUGGCUCUAUGUCAACAAUUGUUUUCUGGAAAUCUUCCGCAAGCAUAUGCAGUGUUACAAGCGCAAGCUCAGGCGCAACAAGCGCAACAACAACAACAAGUGCAACAACAAGCACAAGCUGUUGCAUCAUUGGUUCCAUCGCCUGCCAACACAAAUCAUUCGGAUGAUUGUAUGGUUGUAUUUGAGAGUGGAGUUCAACCGACUGCAACACCGCAACCGAUAACAACGCAAGCCGCGCCGGUACAACCCGCGUCUGUUCCACCACAAUCAAAAAUUCGUCGACCAACUCCGCAAAUUGGAAAACCUGAUAUGUAUGAACAAUUCAAUUUGAUUCGUCCACCUCCGGAAAUUGCAAGACCUAUUCCGACAACUUCCGCAUUCCAAGCACCUUCUCCUGCUGCUGCUGCAUCAUCUACAGUAAUCACAACAGCCGCAAAUAUUCCGGCAACUGCGACAGUUUCAAUUCCACCUCCUGUACCACCUACAGUUUCUGUUGCGCCUCUAGUUGCAACAACUCCGAUUGCAGCUGUUCCACUAGUUCCAGCUGCACCGACUCCAAUAAUUUCGACUCUUCCAAAAGCCCCGUCACCAAUUGUUUCAUUGAUUGGUAACAAAGAUUUGGCAAAUCACAAUACGGAACCUGUGUUUUCGGAUAUGUCGGAAGAUGAAGAUGAAGCGAUUUGUCGAGCGGCUGCAUCUGCUGCAACAACUGCGACUAAGAAAGUGAUUGGAGGAACACCGAGUUCUGGAACUACACCUGGUGAGUAUUUUAUUGCGGGCUUUUGGGGCGGGCCGGACUACUGUGCCACGUGGCUCAAAAACAUUAGAAAAUAUACGAAAAUCCUCAAAACCCCUCUUUAUAUCAAUUUUUGCAGCUCCCCGCAUGAUCUCAGUAUUCGAUCUCGAAGACAACGACGAAAACAAUCUAACAAAACCAUCGACAACUUCUUCUUCUUCAAUUCGACCUACAGUAACCUCAAAAUUGGACCAUAUCAGUUUUGAUCUACUACCAACUGGUCCGAUGGAAAUUGAAGAUAUGUCUGAUGAUGAUUUGUAA